CGAGGCAUUUCCCAGGCUCUGCCUUCGCUGGGAAGCGCUCAGGGCAGCGUGCGGACUAACCUGACCCAACCAUGCGGCGGCUGUUGCCACAUUCCCCUUACCCCACCGCCGCGGGUUCAUUCCGGGUGUGGGCCAGAGACCUGCCACCCACCCGCCUCGCUGCGGCGGUGAUCCCUGGCUGUGCGCUGACACUGCGGGAGACGGGUAUGCUCGGCCCUUGCCAAAGGAAACCGAAGUGGCGCACGGUAGGAAUGACAGGGCUGCAAGUGCAAGUGCGCGCUCGCACGGACAGAGCAGCGGGCAUUCUUCUACCCUGUACCCGCUCGAGCGCAUGCCCUCUGCGUUCUCCUGCCAGGGCAACUGCAUUCCCCAUAGCUCUGGUCUACCUGUUGCUUAUCAUCGUGGGGCAGAGCUACAUGAAGGCAAGGAAGGGCUUCGACCUGCAGCGGCCGCUCGUCCUCUGGUCCUUCUGCCUUGCACUCUUCAGUAUCCUGGGGACGGUGAGAACGUGGGGCUAUAUGGGGACCCUGAUGCGUAGCGGGGGCCUGAAGCACACCGUGUGCUUCACUGACUACACUGAGCACGCCAUAAUCAAGUUCUGGUCCUGCCUCUUUCUCCUCAGCAAGGUCAUCGAACUGGGAGACACGGCCUUCAUCAUCCUGCGGAAGCGGCAGCUCAUCUUCGUGCACUGGUACCACCACAGCACGGUGCUGGUGUUCACGAGCUUCGGGUACAAGAACAAGGUGCCCUCGGGCGGGUGGUUCAUGACCAUGAACUUCGGCGUGCAUGCCGUCAUGUACACCUACUACACCCUGAAGGCCGCCAGGGUGUCGUGCCCCAGGCUGCUCCCCAUGCUCAUCACCAGCCUGCAGGUCCUGCAGAUGGUCCUGGGCACCGUCGUGGGCAUCCUCACCUACAUCUGGAGGCAGGAGCAAGGGUGCCACACCACAGCGGAGCACUUCUUCUGGUCCUUUGUCUUGUACGCGACCUAUUUUGUCCUCUUCGCCCAUUACUUCCACCAAGCCUACAUCAAGCCCCCGGUCAAAGCCAAGACCAAGAGCCAGUGAAGGGCUGGGGAGGAAGAUGGCGUCUCAGGCUCUCUCUCCUUCCCCGACCCUCGGGGACUGGACUUGUGUUGGGGAUGACUGGGGUGCCUCCCCUGCAUGGCUUCCCAGUGGUUCGUGAGCCCCAUGGUGGGAGAAGUUAUGCAGAGAAGUAUCACCCUGGGACGAGGGUACCGAUAUUUCUGUCUUUAAUGUGAAGCCAAGCAUGCCCUGGAGAUGGGGUGGGGCUGAGGAGGGUCCCAAGAGCUGACUUAUUUAUAUUUCUAU